AUGACGAUGAACACGGGCCUUGAGUCCGACAUGGUGCUCCUGGACAUAACAUGGUCGUCGUGGAAGGAGUGCGUCGAUAUAGUCAAGCGCGAGAGGACUAUGUCCUUGGAACAGAGGGUUGUCGAGGACGACGCGCGCCGGGCUUCACUGGAGGCGCAAGAGCCUACGAAUGCCGCGAUCAGCCCCCUGGCGAGGGGGCGGCGCAGGAGCUGCUGCAGAUGCUUCCGCUGCUGCCCCUGCUGCCCUGGGUCAACGCGAAGGGACCGUCGAGUGGGCGGGCUUGCUGCCCUUGCUGGCGACGAGCUCCGCCGAGCGCCGGCGGCCACUCCGGCGGCCCAGCCGGCGGCCGCGAGACCGGCGGCCAAGGCGGCGGCCGAGCCACGGGCGGCGGCCGGCUCGGACCUGGAGGCCGCCGCGGCGCCGGCAGAGAAGCCGGGCAGGAGCUGGUGCGGCUGCCUGCGGCGGCGCCGGCCCCGGGGCGCGGCCGCCGCGGUGGCGCCGGGGCCGAGCUGA